AUGUCAGAUAUGGCUGAAAACGAACAAGGGGAGGAAAUCCAAACCGUAGCAAAUUCCGAUGUUGUCACAAAAUAUCAAAUGGCUGCAGAAGUUUCGAAUCGUGUACUUAAAAAAGUAAUUGAAUCUGCUGUUGAUGGAGCAAAAAUAUUGGAACUUUGUGCACUGGGGGAUAAAUUAAUUGAAGAUGGUGUAAAAGUUCUUUAUACUAAAAACAAAAAUAUGUCGAAAGGUGUUGCUUUUCCCACUUGUGUUUCUGUUAACCAUAUCAUUUGCCAUUUUUCUCCAUUACUGUCUGAUCCUGAGGGAACAGAAACGCUAAAAAAUGGGGACUUGGCUAAAAUUCAGUUGGGUGCCCAAAUCGAUGGUUACGCUGCUAUUGUAGCAACUACCAUUGUUGUUGGUGCAUCAAAAGAAAUGCCAGUUAAGGGUCGUUUGGCUGAUUUAUUAACUGCUGCUCAUCUGGCAUCAGAAGCUGCUUUGAGAUUGAUAAAACCAGGUUUGGACAAUAUGGACGUAACCAAGGCGAUACAAAAGAUUGCCGAGUCAUUCGAAACAAAUUCUGUAGAAGGAAUGUUGUCAUACCAACAAGAAAGAAACAAUAUUGAAGGUAAAAAACAAAUAAUUCUCAAUCCAAAUGAACAUCAGAAACGCGAAUUUGAAAGUGUGCAGUUCGGAGAGAAUGAAGUAUAUGGAAUUGAUAUAUUAAUCUCUACUGGAGAAGGCAAGCCCAAGCAAUCAUCAGCACGCACGACUGUUUAUAAAAAGACAGAUACUACUUAUUUUUUAAAAAUAAAGACUUCUCGAAUUGUAUUUACCGAAAUUAGUCAGAAAUUUGGUUCCUUUCCUUUUACCUUAAGAGCCUUAGGGGACGAGAAAAAGGCGAGAAUGGGCAUAGUUGAAUGUGCCAAACAUCUUUUAGUAACACCAUAUGAUGUGUAUCAGGAAAAGGAAGGCGAUUUCAUAGCACAAUUUUUCAAUACCGUUCUUCUAACUAAAAAUGGUACAAUUAAAAUCACCAAUACUCUAUAUGAUUCCGAGAUCGUACAGAGUGAAAAGAAAAUAGAAGAUCCAGAUAUUUCGGCUUUACUUUCUACUAGUAUAAAAAGUAAGAAAAAAAAUAAGAAAAAGAAAGUAGAUGAAAAGGAUUCCAUCAAAGAGGCUGAUGUUGCAGAGAACACACCAUAA